GCAGUUUGUUUCGAAGUGUUCAGCGAAACGAUGCCGAGCAAGAAGAGGAGAAAAAGGGAGGAGCGACCCACGAUCCACCCCAAGAACAAAUACUCGGAAAACCCGCCUGAUUUCGCCCUCUUGGCCUCUCUCUACCCUUCCUUUGAGCCCUUCGUCUUCUACUCUCGUGACGGCCGACCCAGAAUCGACUGGACCGAUUUCAACGCCACCCGAGAACUCACCCGGGUCCUCCUCCUUCAUGAUCACGGACUCAACUGGUGGAUUCCUGAUGGGCAGCUGUGCCCUACUGUGCCAAACAGAUCCAACUACAUCCAUUGGAUAGAAGAUCUUCUUGCAUCCGAUAUCAUUCCCAAACCACAUGGCGAUAAUUAUAAUGUGAGAGGAUUUGAUAUAGGAACUGGAGCAAAUUGCAUCUACCCACUUCUUGGUGCAUCGCUACUGGGAUGGAGUUUUGUUGCAUCAGAUAUGACUGAUGUAGCACUAGAAUGGGCUGAGAGAAAUGUUAAAAGUAAUCCACAUAUUUCAAACUUAAUAGAGAUCAGAAAGGUUAGACAUUGUGAAGAAUCCCUUCCUAUCCAGGAAUCAAGUAAUGAUGAGAACGUUUCUAGCGAAAGCAAAGUAGAUGUGAGGGAAGGUGGAAAUGAGACAAAGGCUUCACCCUCUUCUUCAUUUGAUGUUCCUGCAGCUGCAGAUAAGAGCUAUCAUGGACCACCUGUACUUCUUGAUGUGGUUCAGGAUGGUGAGACAUUCGACUUCUGCAUGUGUAAUCCUCCAUUUUUUGAAAACAUUGAGGAAGCAGGACUCAACCCAAAAACUUCCUGUGGAGGGACUCCUGGGGAGAUGGUUUGUCCAGGUGGAGAAAAGGCAUUUAUUGCCCGUAUUAUUGAAGAUAGCAUUGCAUUAAAGCACUCUUUCCGGUGGUAUAGUUCAAUGGUUGGUCGCAAAGUUAACCUCAAAUUCCUAAUAUCAAAGCUUCGAGAGGUUGGAGCCACCAUUGUAAAAACAACUGAAUUUGUUCAAGGCCAAACAUGCCGUUGGGGACUUGCUUGGUCUUUUCUGCCACCUGUCAAGAAGAUAAUAUCUUCUCAUGUUGCUGAGAGGGGUGUCCUCUCGUUCAUGCUUGAGGGUAUUCAACGCCACUUUGGAGCAAUUGAUGUACUGCAAUCGGUUGAUUCCUUUUUUUGCAAUAGUGGUGCAUCCUGUAAAUUGAAUGCCUCUUCAUUUACAGUUGAUAUCACAGCAUCAACAGAUCACUGUAAUUCAGUCCUGGGGAAUCAGAUAAAGAAUCACAAUGAAGUUGCUGGCAGCAGCAGCAGCAUGCAGGAGGCAUCCUUGAACUUAACUUUUCGCAUUUCAGUCUUUCAGCAAAUGCCAGGUACACUCCUGGUUAAAGGAUCAUUACAGCAGAAAGAUAGCCCACUCUCAGGAUUAUUCUCCUUAAUAUUCCGACAAUUGGAGGAUGUACUGAGAUCCAAAUUUUGUAGAGAAAAGACCUGAAUCAAUCCUUCCUAGCUUUAUUAAGCAGUUGAUUGAUGAAUGUGAAGCUCAUACAUAGAAGAACAUGCAGAUGAUUAAAGACAGCACAAAACAAUCAUCUGCAUCGUUUUUCUUUUCCCCUUGAUAAUACAUGGAAUGGAUAUUCAUAUUUACACUGUUUCCUUCCCCCGUUUGAUAAGUUUAUCCAUGGAAACAUUGCCUCGGCACUGAUAUGGGGAUUGAGUAAAGGUUUACCUUUAUUCGAUUCUCCUUUGUCUUGUAGUAGAUUAAUCAAAAUCAUACAGCAUGGAAAGAAAAUGACUUUAUCAUUAACAAACGUAACGUAGCUUU